AUGACACUCCAAGAAAAGUAUGGAGGAGUCGCAACCAAGGACCAAGCAUGGCAAACGCUACUCGACAAUCAGUGUAGGCAGAAGAAAGGAAAGGUCGACGAUUACAUCGGGAAUCUCGACAUUCUAUUCCGCUAUGCUGAAAUCGAUGACGACUACACCAAGCUUGUCCAUUUCAAGCGAGGCUUGGAAUCGAAGUUAGCAGAAAAAGUCUUCCUUACCUCGAAUCCUCCAACCACGUAUAAGGAUGCUUGUGAUGUGGCAAGACAAGUCAAUGAUCUUCGAACCGUCCAUAAGGGAAGAAGCAAUAUCUUCGACUUCAUCACACAUGCGAAUCAGGGCGAUUCAAUAAAUGAAGAAGAUUCGAUGGAUAUAGACGAUCCCAAUGCAAUGGACGUCGACAGGGCACGACGAAUACGACAAGUACGGAACCUUCCAGUCAAGAAACGCCUAUGCUAUAGGUGCAGGAAGCCAGGGCAUGAGAUGGACCAAUGUCCCGCAAAGGAGCCAAACAUUGAUCGAACCCUGCCCGUACAGGCCGUAUCAAAGAAGAAGCAGAAGAAGACUUCUUCAAUUAAGAAGAACGAUGCACACGCAUCUACCGGAUCAAAAGAAUCCCCAAAAGAUCCGUCAAUCACGAAGAAGAUGCGAAAGCAGAUUGAGCAACUGGUAACGAAGUUGGUCAAUACGAAGCUUGUCAAGCUUCUUCUCGGAGGUGACAAUCGAGACCACCAUGUCAAUCAGAAGAAGAAGGAAGCCGAAGAAGACGAUGACGAACCUAUGGAUAUCGAUCGAAUGUCUGAACAUAUUCUUGGCAUGAAUACCAUUCGAAUUGGCGCCAUACGUACUCAUUCAUCACAUCACGAUCAGACAGCCUUCCCUACGUCAAUAUGGAAGGAAGUACUGAUGUCAUCGCUCGAUCUCAGUCAAAAAGAAUGGCGUGGUAUCAAGGCCAUCGUCCAAAGGAAAUUUGACAAGAGACGGCAAGAAGACGACGAUGAAAGUACUUCAUCAUCUACAUCUUCCUCUUCAGUAGACAGCACGCCCCGACGACAUAUGGAGACAUGUCCUAACCAGAAAGGCAAACAGAAGAAGACCAAGCAGCGGCAGUCGACCAAGUCUGACCAGCAGUCUUCACCUUCCAUUAACCAAUGGAUCAAUCAGCCAUUCAAAGGGACUCGCGAAGAUUCUCGCCAUUCACAUCCUGGACAAGGGCAGUUCUCUGGUCGAUGCUGGAACUGCAAUCAUAUUGGACAUCACGCAUUUGAAUGUCCAAAGCCACCUCGGGCGAACGAUACUUCUGAAUACAGUAACCAAUCAAGGGCGCGACCACUGCGCAAGAAUGACCGAUGGAAUGCAGGACGAAUCCCCGAUUCGUUAUCACCCAAGCAUCCCAAGGCAGCCUACGCACGCAACUCCAGUAUCGAUUCUUCGAAUCCAAGCACUGGUAGCAAUGCGAAGCAAGGAACUCAUCCGAGUCCCUCAAGCCCUCCAGCGUAUCGCAGUGGACGUACCGUCGAGUUGUUCAACAGUGAUUCUGAAUCAUCAAGCGCCAAUCAGACUUCUUGGGCUGAUCAAGUCGAAAAGCGAUACUUGUCUUUGGGCAGUCCUGCACCAGAACAGUCAAGCAUCGGCACGAAUGAUCAAUCCUCCACUGAAUCACACGACAGCUCCACGCAUACUGUUUCAAGAAUACUUCCUUCCUCGAAGCGGAAGCGCAGAAGAAGAAGAAAGGAUCUUAUGGUUUAA